AUGAUCGAAACAUACAGCCAACCUUCUCCCCGAUCCGUGGCCACUGGACAGCCCGUCAGCAUGAAAAUUUUUAUGUAUUUACUUACUGUUUUUCUAAUCACCCAGAUGAUUGGGUCUGCAUUUUUUGCUGUAUAUCUUCAUAGAAGGUUAGACAAGAUAGAAGAUGAAAGGAAUCUUCACGAUGAUUUUGUAUUCAUGAAGACAAUACAGAGAUGCAACAAAGGAGAAGAAUCUUUAUCCUUGCUGAACUGUGAGAAAAUCAGAAGCCAGUUUGAAGGCUUUGUCAAGGAUAUAAUGCAAACCAAAGAGGAGAGGAAAAAAAUCAGCUAUGAAAGGCAAAAAGGUGAUCAAGAUCCUCAAAUUGCAGCACAUGUCAUAAGUCAAGCCAGUGGUAAAACAGCAUCUGUGCUACAGUGGGCCGAAAAAGGAUAUUACACCAUGAGCAGCAACCUGGUAACCCUCGAAAAUGGGAAAGAGCUGACCAUUAAAAGACAAGGACUCUACUACAUCUACACCCAAGUCACCUUCUGUUCCAAUCGAGAAGCUCCGAGCCAAGCUCCCUUUAUAGCCAGCCUCUGCCUGAAAUCCACGAGUGGCUCCGAGAGAAUCUUACUCCGGGCGGCAAAUGCCCACGGUUCCUCCAAACCUUGCAGGCAGCAAUCCGUUCAUUUGGGAGGAGUAUUUGAAUUGCAACCAGGUACUUCGGUGUUUGUCAAUGUGACUGAUCCAAGCCAAGUGAGCCACGGGACCGGCUUUACCUCUUUUGGCUUGCUCAAGCUCUGAACAGUGUACCCCCAGGCUGAGGCUGAGCUGGUGCUGGCAGUCUUCUCAAAACAGCAAAGCAGUGGAGACCACCCCCCCAUGGAACUGCCUAUUUAUAACCCUAGGAUCCUCCUCGCGGAGAACUAUUUAUUAUACACCCCAAGGCAUGUAGGGCUGUAGUAAAUGAAUUGCAGGGUGGGCGAGACCCCAACAGACCCUGCUCAUAAGAGCUUGUAUUCUGAAGCAGCAAACCCACUGAUGCAGACAUCCGGAGAGUCCUGUAA